AUGUCAUCGUCAGCCACACCAACGGGAGCCACUCCAACUGGCACUCCCCGGCCAGAGAAACAAGCCCAGAAGAAUGCUGGAAAGAAGGAAGUCAAGAUAUUAAUGAUACACGGCUACACACAAUCCGGCCCUCUCUUCCGCGCCAAAACCCGCGCCCUCGAGAAACUCCUCGCCAAGACCCUCGCCCCCAUCUCCCUCCUCCCAGUCCUCUUCUACCCCACCGGCCCAAACCGCCUCCUCCCCCAAGACACCCCAGGCUUCGUCAACUCUUCCUCCGCCGAAUCCCAAGGCGGCGACGCCAUCACCGAUCCGGCAGACCUCCCCGACACCUGGGGCUGGUUCCGCAAGGACGACGGCUCCAACUCGUACCGCCUCUUCGACGAGGGCAUGGCUGUCAUCGCUGAGGCUAUCCGUGAGGCUGGCGGUAUUGAUGCAGUGUGCGGCUUCAGCCAGGGCGGCGCCAUGGCGGGCUUCAUCGCCGCUGCUUUGGAGCCUUCGAGGCCUGUUUUGGAGGGCCCGGCAGGAGAGUGGGCCCGCAAGUUGAGAGAGGCCAACGGCAACCAGCCUGUCAAGUUUGCCAUUUCGUAUUCUGGCUUCUAUGCUGCGGUGGACUCGCUACAGUGGCUGUAUGAGCCAAAGAUCAAGACGCCGACUCUGCACUACAUCGGCAGUCUGGAUACGGUUGUCGACGAGAGCCGAAGCCAAGGGCUGGUGGAUAGAUGUGAAGAGCCACUCGUUGUGGUCCAUCCUGGCGGCCAUCAUGUCCCGGUAUCCAAAGAGUGGGUGAUGCCUCUUGCUGGGUUCAUAAAAAACCAUGCCAGUGGCCAGGAGGCAUCAUAA